AUGCCUGCUUUUGGGGACCAGACCAUAGCACUUGCCGAUGGGAUGGCGGCGGAAGCUGCGGCGGGGGGUAGUGAGAUUAAUAUCGGGGAUGAAGGAAAGGAGCCGCAUGACGCAAACGAGUCUAAAGCGAUUAAGGACGAAAGCGACUUAGUGGAGAUUAAGAUCGUCGACGAUAAAGCGCGGGGGGUAGGCGACGAGAAGCAAAACGUGGCGGGAGGGAAAAAGCGCAAGAAGAAGCGCCUGGUGGGGCGGAAAUGGGCGGUGUUGCUUGUCGGGAUGCGGGGGGAGGCGGAGCUGCUACAGUGCACGAAGCAGGCGAUCAUGCGCCGCGUGUCGGUCCCCGCGCGCGAUCUCCGCUUGAACGGCCCGUUGCUGUCCUCCGCCGCCGCGAUUCUCGCGCCCAUUUCGCUUAGAGUGGCGGCGCUGCGUGUCGAUCCCUCUGCACGAUCUGCGCUAGCGCGGUCCAAUGCGAUCCUUGGCCGGCUGCAUUCUUUCUCCCUCUCUCUCGCCCCGUCUGGUUACCCGGUUACAGGCAGGAAGGGGUGCAUGAUGGUGAACCUGGAGCAUGUGAAGGCCAUCGUGUCUCUUUCUCUCUCUCCCUCUCUCGCCCCGUCUGGUUACCCGGUUACAGGCAGGGAGGGGUGCAUGAUGGUGAACCUGGAGCAUGUGAAGGCCAUCGUGUCUCUUUCUCUCUCUCCCUCUCUCGCCCCGUCUGGUUACCCGGUUACAGGCAGGGAGGGGUGCAUGAUGGUGAACCUGGAGCAUGUGAAGGCCAUCGUGUCUCUUUCUCUCUCUCCCUCUCUCGCCCCGUCUGGUUACCCGGUUACAGGCAGGGAGGGGUGCAUGAUGGUGAACCUGGAGCAUGUGAAGGCCAUCGUGUCAGCCCAACAAGUGCUGCUUUUCAACCCCUCUUCGCCGCCCGUUGCUGCUUUUGCCGCUCACCUGGAAAGAGUGCUCGCCAUGGGACCUGAACCGAUACUAGAGGAGGUGGUGAGCAGGAGGCUGGAGGGGGAGUGCCGCGAGCUGGAGAGGGACGCGUAUGCGGCGCUCAACGCACUCGCCCGGGCUGUCAGCACGGCGGGUCUUGAGGCCGUUAGAGGGGUGAAGAAUCGGUUGACUGUUUUGACUUCCCGCGUGCAGAAGGUGAGUGAGGUGAGGGUUAAGGUCAGCCAGAAGGUGGGGCAGAAGGGUAGGAGAGCAAGCAAGGUGUUGGAGCUGAUACUAGAGGAGGUGGUGAGCCAGAGGCUGGAUUGGGAGUGCUGCGAGCUGGAGAAAGACGCGUAUGCGGCGCUGAACGCACUCGCCCGGGCUGUCAGCACGGCGGGCGUGGAGGCCGUGAGGGGGGUGAAGAACAGGUUGACUGUGCUCACCUCCCGCGUGCAAAAGGUGAGUGAUGUGCUCGCCCGGGACAGGGACAUGGCUUCUCUACCUCACACUGUCUCUACUUCCUUCCCUCCUGACUUGUGCUCACUCACUCUCUCUUCUCUUAUCCCUCCUGCUCGUGCCUCUAUCCAGGUGCGGGAUGGACUGGAGCAUCUACUAGACGAUGACAGGGAUAUGGCGGACCUCUCUACCUCACACUCUGCUGCUCCCUCCCUUACCUGUCAUUCUCCUGCUCUCUCCCUCCUGCUCUUGCCUGUAUGCAGUCCUUCCCUUCCUGCUCUGCCUUCCGCUCUGCAGGUGCGGGAUGACCUAGAACAUUUACUAGACUACGACAGGGACAUGGCAGACCUCUACCUCACACUCUGCUGCUCCCUCCCUUGUCUCAGUUCGCUCCCUUCCCCUCUCUUUCCCCCUGCUCUUUUCAUCUCCAUGCAGGUCCGAGACGAGUUGGAGCAUCUACUAGACGAUGACAGGGACAUGGCAGACCUUUACCUCCUUCUGUCCUGUUCCCUUGCCUUGCCUUACGUGCUCUUCGCCCUCCAUUCCGGUUGCCCUCUUGCUCUCUUCCUGCAGGUGCGGGACGAGUUGGAACAUCUACUAGACGAUGACAGGGACAUGGCAGACCUUUACCUCCUUCUGUCCUGUUCCCUUGCCUUGCCUUACGUGCUCUUCACCCUCCAUUCCGGUUGCCCUCUUGCUCUCUUCCUGCAGGUGCGGGACGAGUUGGAGCAUCUACUAGACGAUGACAGGGACAUGGCAGACCUCUCUACCUCACACGCCAGCUGCCCUUGUGCUCCCUCUCUCUCCGUCUCCCCUUGCUCUUACCUCUGUAUGCAGGUGCGGGACGAGUUGGAGCAUCUGUUAGACGACGACAGGGACAUGGCGGAUCUCUACCUCACACGCCAGCUGCAUGUGGGAGGAGGGGAGGAUGUGGAGGAGUUGGAGAUGCUGCUGGAAGCGUAUUUCACCCAAGUCGACCGUCUCUUGAAUGACUUGACAGCGCUCCAUGAGUAUGUGGACGACACAGAGGACUAUGUGAACACGCAGCUGGACUACCGCAGGAACCAGCUGCAGGGGACGCAGGUGCUGAUAACAGCAACGGGCACAGUGCUUUCAAUGCUCAUUGUGAUCAUCGCUGCCUUCUCAAUGAAUCUCCCCAACAUCCUCUUUGAUUCCGAUGGCCACUUCGCCACCGUGCUGCUGCCUUUGCUUGGCUCUGGUGCCGCCCUUCUGGGUGGUUUCGUGUACUACACCUGGUAUUUCCAAAUAAUCACGUGA